UUUAUGUCUGCAGAAAGUCGGGAUUCAUCUUGAAGGUACUAGUGGAUCUUCGAAGAGCCGUGUGGAUAGAAGUCUUCGUUCCUUGAUUCAGGUGAGUGAGAGGUCCCUGGUGUAAUCGUGUACUUUUUACCAUUUAUAAUGGAAAACUGCAGCGAGGACUAUAGGAUCCAGUCAUUUGACGUGGAUACACAGAAACUUCUAAAAACAGCCUUGAAAGAUCCAAGUUCUGUGAACCUGGAGAAGGUCACCAACAUCCUUGUGGACCAGUCACUAAAGGACCCCUUGUUCAGCAAAGAGGCUGGCCGUAUUUGCUACACGAUUGUGCAGGCUGAGGCCAAGCAAGACAACGGAACCGUGUUUCGGAGGCACCUGCUGAACCGCCUGCAGCAGGAGUUCAAGGAGCGUGAGGAGACGAGGAAACGCUCGCUGCAGGGCUGGGUGUGCUACGUCACGUUCAUCUGCAACAUCUUUGACUACCUCAAGGUGAACAACAUGCCAAUGGUGGCCCUGGUCCUGCCUGUGUACGACUGUCUAAUGAGGCUGGCCCAACCAGACGCUCUGCUGAACGAGGAAGAGGUGGACUGCCUGGUGCUGCAGCUGCAUCGCAUCGGGGAGCAGCUGGAGAAGGUGAACAGCCAGCGGAUGGACGAGCUGUUCUUCCUGCUGAGGGACGGCUUUCUACUGCAGGAGGGCCUGACCUCCAUGGCUCGCCUCCUGCUGCUGGAGGUCCUGGAGUUCAGGGCCGGAGGCUGGAUGCUCAGCAGCACCGCCCACAAGUAUUAUUACAGCGAAAUCGCCGACUGAGACGGGCGACUCGCGCACCGUGGACGCUUUCCGUUGGUCACCACCGAUUACCACACCAGCAGCUUCACGAUAGAAGGCGCCAUCUUCCUGGUAAUCAGAGGCGGGAGGGAGGAACGAGGAUUUUUGCUGCGUCAUUUCCUGCGUUUGAUCAAGGCUUGGAAUGUGACGGAUGUGGAAUGUGCAAUAGUUUGAAGUUUUUAGUUCUUAAGGUUUCUGCCACAUUCAGACACACUUUGAUUCAAAACCGAGAAGUUCGGACAUUUUUUUUAUUUUUUUAUCUUUUUUUGCAUUCCUGUUUUGUAGGAACAGUUUACCAAGUUUUUGGUGUUAAAAACAAGACAUUCCAGUCAGAUUCGGACUGAUUUAAUUUUAUGCUAUUGUUGGUAUUGUGUUGGAAUAUUUGCAGGGGAUGUUAAGACAUUUUCUGUGUGAAGUUUAGGAGUUUCUAAAAGACUUGAGUUGCUGUUAAGCAGCAGGAUUCUUGUUACCGUUUGAUGCGAGGCCGGUUUGUCACUUGAAGCGUCGUCUUUAUUCAGGGAUUUUUAUUUUUUGUCACAGCUUCAGUUGGAAGACCAAAAGAUCAGAUCCCUCACUUUUAAAACUUUUUUUUAUAUAUGUGUAUAUACAAAAUACAGAUUUUAAUGUUUUGGAUCAAAAGAUUAGCUUUGUGUUGCAGUAGUGCCAACAUUCUCUGGGCAUCAACAUUUUCCUAAUAUCCGAGGGUUUUCUCUUUAAUCGUAGGAAGUUGGGCUCUCAAAGUGGCAUCCCUUUAAAUCGGAGAUGAACCAAUCAGGCUUUAACAGGCCAAUACCGAUUUCCACAUUUGAUCUGAUCUCUUUCUUGUUGCUUAGAACUAUUUCACUUAAAAACUUAAUCAAUUUGGCCUACAUUCUGGAGUUUAUUACCAGAAUAUUAGCUUUGUAGGAAGAAAAGGUGCUGCGGAUGUAGUUUCAAUUUAAACAGAAAGUGAAUAUUGUAUCUAAUGUAUCAAAUUAGACACCUGUUACUUUUAUCUCAGUCUGUUGAGUUCAAAGCAAAGGGGAUCAAUUGAAAUACAGUUUUGGGGUGUGUUCGGAGAACAAAAACGCGCUUAAGAUUCACCUCCGGGUCUUUGGAAAUCGGCUGAUUAGUGCCUCUUUUGAUCCACGUAUCAGGAGAUUGUUUUACCAGCAGAACAUGGCUUUAAAGGUGAAUAAGCUAAAAAAAAAAUAAAUAAAUAAAUGAUGGCAAAUUUUUGUAAUAUUUGACCAAGUUCAGUGGGUUUUGACCCAUGUUGAUUUAUUUUAAGGUUGAAAACAGUUCGAUCCGUAGCUCUGAACCUACAUUUUCUAACAGAGGUUAAACGACUCUAGCUUAUCUGGCUUCAGGGUAAUAAUAAUAAGAUUUGUUUUUGUAUUAAACUUUAGAAAUUAUUGGUGUAUUUGGUAAAAGCCAGCCUGAAUGUUCAGAGCUCAUGGAAAAUCAUUUAAACACAGGACAGGCCACAGACCUGACAGCAGUUGAUUUUGGUAUUUUCCUACAAAGUGGCAAUACUUUUACAUUUCUCUGUUCUGUUUUUCUACUCGUGUUGCAUAUUAAACAUAUUUGUUUUAAAU